AUCGCCAAUAUGGCGGCACUCUGCUUUAGUUUCUGCAAGAUUUAGGAUUUGUUUUCCUUGUUUUUCUGCUCUGUCGCGCUUGCCUUCUUUGAGAUUCGGUUGGAAGACUUCCUUCUACUUUUCUCGACGCGUUAAUUUUGCAGUGACCUUUCGCUUGUCCGUAACAAAUGAGCACGGAGAAACCAGUCGUCGGCUCUCGAGUCAGUCAGCUUGACGCUGUUGAACUCGACGAUGAGUUGUUUGCGUUAUUCAGGAACAAGCUCAGCGACGUGUUCAAGCAUGCGGGCGGAAACUUCUACCCGACUUUCGAACCAGAGAUUAAGGCCAUCCUGCGGGCAGUUCUAUAUGGGUUCACCGUGUAUGAGUGUGGGGCCACAGUUGGCCAGAGGCUCCUGGGCCUAGAGUUCUUUGCAAACGGAGCAAGCCUCAGUCGCAUUACUAGACGCCAGACGUGUGCGCUCAUUCUUCUCGGCAUCGGCCUGCCCUGGUUCCGGGAACGAUGCCUAAAGCCUUUUCUUCGGGUUCUUCCUCAAGUGCAGAGUGACAAGGUGGAAAAUGGAAUUCGUCACAUAGAAACAGCUGUCCGCAUGGCUUCUGUGGCCAACUUCAUCUUGUUUCUGGUUCGAGGCAGCUACUGCUCACUGAGCAACAGGAUUGUCGGUGUUGUCAAUGGCCAUUCUGCACGACCUCUGUUGCGUGAGGUUCAGUUUGACUUCAUGAACCGGGAGCUUCUGUGGCAUGGCUUUGCGGAGUUCAUUGGCUUUCUUCUUCCUUUGGUCAAUGUGUACCCUGCCAAAAACUUUGUGAGUCGGAAAUUACUGCGUCGUAAGUUACGUUCAACGAAUCCAAGCGAGAGGACGCAGAGAGACAUGGCCGAGUGUGGAAUCUGCGGCUGCUGCCCCACACAGCCGCAUGAGAUUGGUUGUAAGCACGUCUUCUGCUACUAUUGCAUUGCGAGCCAAGUCACAGCUGAUGCAAAAUACUCUUGUCCACUCUGUAAUUGCCCCUCUCUGGGGCUGGAGAACAUCAGAAAAGCAGCGCUUCCCUUCGGCACGAGCUGAUGAAUCAAAGACGAGUGAUCCAUCGAAACAUAUUCAGGUUGACACUGCUCUUAGCACUGGUGCCGAGGCAAUAUCUUGGACAGCAAAAGGACACCAUACUGCUUUCCACACGCUAUAUACACUAUGUACAGAUGGAUUCCAGGAUGUUUUCCUCGGGAGCGCUGGUCAUCACCGCUUCUUUGGCCGUUCUGCAGAGAAAGAAUAACACAGUGAGCCGGCUCCAAAUGUGAAUGGGCUGCUUUAGAUGUAGAGCACCUACGUUAACUGCUAAUGAUGUUUUAACAAUGUAUUACAUAUACGAUUAGUAGUUCAUUGUAGCUAUAAUUAUCGCUACAUGUCUGUGGAGUGGGCUCGGCAACUUUUAUACUUGAUAUAUUUUUUGUGCCCACCCUACUCACUGAUGAUUUAUACACUGUGAUAAGGAACAUUCCAGUUAAGUUAUUUUACUUCUUUUUCAUUGUGCAUAUGCAACAUACAAGGAUUUAGGUAUGCUCGCAGACAACUUUCUGUAGCAUUGAAGGGAAAGCUGCGAAGGCAAGGUGUAUACAAGAGUGCUCCUGAAAAGUGUACCGCAUUCUCAUCCCCGUUAGUUCAAGCUGGAGAAGAGAAAACAUUAGCAUAUUAUUCACAAUAGCAACACUACAACACAAAAUUCAUUACCAAGUGUUGAAUUUGACUUAUUUUUCUGCUUUUCUCUUUUGCAUUUGGGUAAAUGCGAGAUCAUGGCAUGUAGAAGCUAUGUUGAUUCAGUAUCUUCUCCAAGAAACCAAAAGCACUAUGAAACACUUUUGGACUUCUUAGCUUUUCCUUCAUUGCCACAGAAAGUUGUCCACAGGUAUAGUGUGCAUAUUUUUGUGCUUGGAUGUACAGGAUUGUGAUUGUGCGUAGAUUAAGCAGAAACAGCGCACUAAGAAGAAACGUUAUGUCAAGUGAGACAAAUACUGAAACUACCAGAAGGAACAAAGCUGGGUGGCUCUCAUAUUCACUUAUUUUAGUUGUCCUGUCUAGAAUGAGCGCUUGCUUUCUACAAAUGCCGACGACUGUAUGACUCUUCGAAUAGACAAGCUGCAGAGCGCAGGACAUCACAAAGAUGUGACAGUGCUGUCAUUACAUUUCAUGCAGGGAAAUAAAAACUUUGGUUCUCUCUUAUGAAUGUUUUUGAAAGUCAAGAUUGAUAUAUGUGGUUAAGUUUUCAAAAGCUACUUUUCGAAGUUAAUUAUUGGAAGGAGCAAACAAGCAUGUAGCUUUGUGCAUGGUCUGGCCUCACCCGCAAGUUUGACAACUCCGGUGUUACCAUGCCAAUUUUGGUAUAGUAACAGUGACUGAAUGUUCACUGUAAUCUGGGGCAGCAACUCUUCGCUUUUCUCUUUGCAUUUGGUUUCAUAAAAAAAUAGGCUCAAGUCGUGUGACGGAUGGCCAUGAAACUUGGAGGGCAGGAAAGGGUGUAGGAGUUUUAGUCGUCGUCUCCAGUUUAAGGAUUUUUCAUAUUUCUAUUGUCUUCAGACAUGCAUCUAUUAGCUAAUGGCUAACUGUGCUGUUCGUUCCAUUCCUCGGUGCAAUGGGUACAGUCUGCUCACGCUCUUGCACGGCAGAUCUGACUACCACACUAUUCAUUUUGUUAACGCAUGCCAAAGCCUUUGCCUGGACAUUCUUAAGCAAACAAAAAUGCAAGUAAAGUUGCUUGGUAAAUAUUGCCAAGCUCAGAUCCCUAGCAUCAAAGAAGCCAUAAAGUCGAAAGCACAGGUAUUAGACCAUUUAAAUUUGUGUACGAUUUUUGUGUGGUUCAUGAAACAGCAGCCUCGAUAGUUGAGGCUACAUGAUGAAUAUCAAAGUUUGUUUCUGUGUUCAUUAGAACUCAUUGUGUAUCUAUUUUUGAAUGCAACAUAAUUCUUCUCUAUUCAGAGAAAGACUAGCUCUGAGAAAUGUUAAUAAAUUUCUGUGACAUCGUGAAUUGGUGGGGCUCAAAUAUUAAAGGUGGCACUACCACCCAUCUUUCAUUUUUGCCUUCUUCCUGGAGCAUGCAGACUCAACUCACGUUGAAACUAAUGGAUUUGUAUAUCUUAAAAGUCUAAUGUACAAAUAAAAUGUAUUUCUUAUUAA